AUAAAAAUAUCAUCUUUAUUCCAAAAUCUGUAAUUCCUUCAACCAAAUUUCAUUCUUUAAAGUCAAAUUCUGAGGGAGAAGGAAUUGCUUAGUCUUUGAAGUAUUGUGGGAGUUGGGAGUCAAGUUAUUCAAAUGGGAAAUUGCUUUGGAUCUCAGCCAGCUGCGGAUCCUAUCCUUUUUCCUGCUAUUAAUAAUUCCAGUGGACCAUCCACUCAAGCUACUUCGGUUAAUCAUAGCAAUGGCGGAACCACAGACAGCAGCAGAGGGUUUAGCCAGAUUUCGAAUGGUGUGAGUGAUGAUGGAGGUGUUGUUAAUGGAGAAAUACUGCCUACUCCUAAUGUCAAAGUGUAUAGCUUUGACGAUUUGAGGACUGCUACCAAGAAUUUCAGGGGUGAUAUGAAGUUGGGGGUGGGUGGUUUUGGGACAGUUUAUAAGGGAUUUGUGGAUCAGCAUACACUCCUCCCGUCGCGACAAGGGACGGGGAUGAGCGUUGCCAUCAAGAAGCUCAACCAGGAAAGCACUCAAGGCUUUGAUGAAUGGCAGGCAGAAGUGGACUUUUAG